CACGUUCGGGUCGCGACCGACGUCCACGCCGCGAUUCCACCCGACGCGGAGACGCGCGCCGGGAUGACGCGCGGCGUCGACGCGCGACUCCGCGGCGCGCGCGCGAGGCGCUGACGCGACGGACGCGUCCUAGCUAGGAGGAACCGACACCGAGAUCUCGUCGACGAAACAUGGCACCUCCCCCCGCCGAUCGUCCGCCGCGACCGCGACGUCGCGCGCCGCCGGUCCCCGCCGUCGUCCGAUGCGCGUACCCCGCCAUCGCGUCCCUGAGGGAGUGCGUCUACUCCGUCUGCGUCCUCGCCGGGCUCCCGACGCCGGCGCUGACGCGCGACGGCGACCCGCCCGCGUAUCUCGACGCGCUCCUUCGCCGGACGCUCGCGACGACGCGAUCGCGCGCGCCGAAGCUGCCGCCGUGGACGACGUUCGAGUCGCGCUCGAGCGUCCGCGAGAUCCUCGCGAGGACGCUCUCCGACAUGUUCAAGGCGCAGAGCGUGCCGAGCAACGUGCUGUGCUACGGCGCGCGGCGGCGGACGCCCGCCUACGCGACGCGACCGGCGCCGGGGAGGGGUGCCAACUCUUUGGACGGCUUCCUCGACGUCGACGUCGCGCACGCGUCCGCGGCGAGAGAGGCGCUGACGUCCGGCGUCUCCGGGGAGGCGUGGGCGCUGCUGCUCUCGCGCGUCGGAGACGACGUGCUGGCGCAUCUCCUCGCGCACGGCGUGAUCUUCGCGCCGACCGGGGACGAGUCCGGGGCGCAUCUCCAGCUGUGCGGGACGCCGCUGUCGCACACCGCGCGAGGGGUCUCGGCGGCGGCGUUUAAGCGAAGAGCCGCGCUGGCCGCCGCGGGGAGAGGGCGCGGUCGCGGCGGUCGCGGCGGUCGCGGCGGUCGCGGCGAGAGAGGCGAUACCGGCGACGCCGCCGCGGUCGGAGGAGGGAGAGGCGGCGGCGGUCGCGGCGGACGAGGACGCGGACGAGGACGAGGACGACGCCGCGGACGAAAAGGCGCCGAGGACGAAGCCGACGAGGACGUUAUCAUCGGGACGGCGUCCGCGCCGACGGACGAGGACUCGCCGGUGUCGACGACGAAAGCCGACGCGGGGGAGAGCCCUUCCGUGACGGUCGCGAAGUCGAUGUUCCGAGCCGCGAGCGGGUUCGUGAGGGGCGUCGUGACGUCGAAUCCGUUCAUGCGAUCCGUCGCCGCGGCGGCGCCGCCGCCGCCCGAGGCGCCGCCGGAGGCGCCGCCGCCGGCGAGGACGCGCGUCGACGACGAGUGGUCCGAAGACGAGGACUUCGUCGUCGAGAGCGUUCCCAAAGAAGACGCGGAGAAGGCGUCGUCGCCGCAGGACGCCACGGUCGCGACCGCGGCGAUGCGCGAGCCCCCGCGCCCGAGCAGCUGGCGGCGGAGGAAACUCGCGAGAGCAGCCGCCGCGGCGGAGGCGGCGGCGCGGGCGCCGCUCGAGCCGAGCGACGCGCGCGGCGGCGACGGCGGCGGCGAAUCGACCCCGUCCGCCGCGAAGCGAGGCCGCGUCGCGACGCCCGCGAACGAAUCAGUCGCGUGGGAUAAGCUCGGCGACGCCGCGGCGGCGACGACGACGACGACGACGCGCGCGGCGGCGCCGCGCGCGCGCCGGCAGCCGCCGCCGCCGUCGCCGUCGCGGAACCGCGCGCGUCCGCUCGACCGCCCGUCCGACGUCGUCUUCGACGCGGCUUCGUACAUGCGCAAGGUGUCGUACACGAAACUCCCCGGGCUCCCCCGACGACACGUUCUCGUCGCCGCGGGGAGGGGCGCGCGCGCGGCGCGGCGGGUGUACGCGGCGAUAUUCGGGAAGAUCACGCCGGGCGCGGCGGCGCCGGCGGCGCCGGCGGCGCCGGCGGGAAAAAAAUACAACAAGCCGAACGGCGCGCCGAUCAGGCCGAAGGCGUCGACGAAGAAGAAGCCGCCGACCGCGCGCCGCGUGCCUUUAAAGUACCGCAAGGCACUCGUCCCUCUGCUGUCGCUGAUGCUUCGACGCGAGGCGAAGUGCCCGUACGCGAAGCUGCUGAACCAUCACUGCCCGAUGCCGCCUCGCGUGACGACGCGGAGUCAACGCGACCGAAUCUCGCGGAGCGGCGAGAUGGACGCCGACGCCGACGCCGAAGCCGACGAGGACCCGACGCCGAAGUCGCUGCUCGCGUCGUUCACGCCCCCGCGCGCGGUCGCCGCGUUCUUGUGGUCGGUCAUCUCGAGGAUCGUCCCGAGGGAGAUGCUCGGCGGGGAGAAGACGCGGCGGGCGAUUCGCGCGUUUUUGUUGCGGCUCGUCGUCCUGCGACGGUUCGAGAAAUGCACGUUACACGAGGCGAUGCGAGGCGUGAAGACGAGCGACUUCAGGUGGCUGUGGGGCGAGCUCGCGGAGGCGACGAGCGAUGACCGCCGUCGCGGCGGGCCCGUCGCCGCGGCGGUGAAGCGGCAGCGGAUGCUCGAGCGGUGGAUUCGAUGGCUCGUCGCGGAGCUCGCGAUGCCGCUGAUUCGCGCGCACUUUUACUGCACGGAGACGGAAACGCACAGACUGCGGGUGUUUUACUACCGGAAAGGCGUCUGGGCGCGGCUCACGGCCGCGCACCUCGCGGCGAUGACGGACGACCCGAACCGCGAGACUCGCGCGGUGCGAUUCGGCGCCGACGUCGACGCGAACGACGCCGACGCCGCGGCCGACGCCGCGGACGCAGACGCCGACGAGACGGACGCCGAGCGCGCGCUCGCGCCGACGACGCCCACCGCCGGCGUCGCGUACCGCCGCCUUCCGCGCCGCCGCGCUCGACUCGUGUUACAGAGCCACCUUCUCGGGUUCGCGCGCCUGCGGCUGCUCCCGAAAGCGACCGGCCUGAGGCCGGUCGCGAUGCUCGGCCGACCCGCGGUGGCGUCGUUUCGCGCGCCGCGCGGCGCGAAGAAUCGCGAGGCGCUCGCGUUUCGACCCGUGAACACGUCUCUUCAGGCGGUCUUCGACGUCUUGAAGCACGAGGCUGGGUCUAUACCGGGCGUCAUGGGCGCGAACGUCAGCGACUACGGCGAGGUGUACAGACGAUUAGGGCCGUUCAUUCGGAAGUGGCGCGCGGCGCGGCGGAAGGAACGCGAACGCGCGGCGGCGGAAAUACGCCGCAGCUCCGGGAGCGGCGGCAUCUUCCGGGGGUUGUUCCGGUCGAGCCAGAGCCAAGACGCCGCGGAGGACGCCGCGGGCGCGGACGCGAAGGACGGCGACGUCGUGCGGGGCCCCGAGAGAACGACGCGGCCGCCGUUCAUCGUCGCCGCGGACGUCAAAGGCGCGUUCGAUUCCAUCCCGCUCAAGGCGCUCGAGAACGUCGUCAAGACGCUGAUAGGCUCGGACGAGUACUCCGUGACGCGCAUGGCGCACGUGAUGGGCGGUGCCGUGGGCGGGGUCCGCACGAAGACGCGGCGGAUCGCGGCGCCGGCGGGGACGAGCGUUCUCGCGCGCGUCGGCGGCGGGGACGGCGUCGGCGGUGGUCGACGAUUGAAAAAGAACGUCAAGCGCGGCGGCGGCGUCCUCAUCGACCUCGCGUCCCCGCACCGGUUCCACCGAGCUCAAGUCUUGGAGCUCCUUCGCGAGCACUUGCGUCGGAACAUCGUCCGCUCCGGCGGGGUCUACCUCCUCCAGACCGUCGGGAUCCCGCAAGGCUCCGUGCUCUCUUCGCUCUUGUGCGGCGUGUUUUACGCGCAUCUCGAGGCGACGCACGGGCUCGGUCGCGACGACGGCGGCGUCGGAAACGGACGCGGCGCGAACGUUCUUUGCCGGUGGACGGACGAUCUGCUUCACAUAUCCCACGAGCGCGCGCCCGCGGAGGGUUUUUUAUCCGCCGCGCUGGACGGCUUCGCGGAGUACGGCUGCGCGGUGAACACGGCGAAGACGUCUUUGAAUUUCGAUUUCACGCGCGCGGGCGCGGGCUCGCGCGCGCCCGUGGUCAUCCCGCGGCGCGAGGUCGUCGUCGGCGCCGGACCGCACGCGCGCAGGUGCGUCGCGUGGUGCGGGCUGCUCAUCGACAGCGAGACCCUCGAGAUCAAGGUGGACUACACGCGGUAUUCCGGCGAUUGGGCGCGAGAGGCGGUCACCGUCCCCGGAAAGCUCGGCUCCGGGAAAGCGAAGCCGUUCGAACACCUCGGCCGUCGCGUCGUCGCGUACCUCCGACCGAAGUGCGUCGUCAUCCUGUACGACCACUCGAUCAACUCGCCCUCGACCGCGCGCUUGAACGUGUACCAGUCGUUCCUGUUGGCGGCGGUGAAGCUGCACUGUUACGUCGCCGCGGCGUCCGACGCGGGCCAUCGAGGCGGGCCGUCCCCCGCGAUCGUCCACGCCGCGAUCGUCUCGGGGAUCAAGUACAUGGAGGGUGCGGUGCGGCAUCACAUGGCGGUCGCGCGCGCGACGCAUCACGGCGCGAAAGGGAGGAUCCAAAAGAGCCACGUGAAGUACCUCGGGCUGACCGCGUUUGUGAAAAUUCUGACGCGGAAGCAGACGAGACACGCGCGCGCGCUGCGGAUGCUGCGUCGGGACCUGAGCGCGCCCGCGAUGCGCGCGGCGGCGAGGCGGCUCGCGCCGGUCGUGGACGACCGGCUGUCUUCCAGACGACGACGCGACGCCGCGCGAGCUGAACGUUCGUUCCGAGCCUCGACAGACCUCGUUCGUUCUUUUUCCUCGGAGUCUCUGUCGAGGGCGCGCGCGCGUCCGCCGUUCGUCCCGCGCGUCCUCCCCGCACUCCCCCGCGCGCGCGCUCUCGUCUCGUCCCCCGACCUCCCCUCCCCCUAUGCCGUCGUUCUCGCGGGUCGGCGCCCUCGCCGCCGUCGCCGCGUGCGCGCUCGCCGCUGUCGGCGCGCACGCCGCCGACGAGCCCCCUUGCCCCACGAUAUCUCUGGAAGGCAUCGAGCAGCUCGCGGCGCCGUGCGCGGACGCGUCGAACGCGUGCAGCAUGAAGACCGGCUGCAUCGGCGCGAUCCAAGGCGCGUCGUCGUCGUCGUCGCCGCCGCCGCGGUCGUCGUCGCCGCCGCCGCCGCCGUCGUCGUCGUCCUCGCGUCGCCGGCCAAACUAAAACGCGAACAACUCCUUCCUUCCCUCUCCACAGAGUACAUCGAGCCGAGGCUGGACCUCUCCGUGUUCAAGUCGCAGCCGUCCGAGGAGUACGUGACCGGUUGCAUCGCGCCCUUCGCGCUGUCCCCGGAAGUCACGGAGACGAUCCCCACGGACACGCUCGGGACGCUCAUCACGUGCGACUUCACCGAGGUCACGGACGCGUUCAGAUCCAAGUGGGAGCGCGACGUCGCCAAAACCGCGGAGAAGGGCGAAGACGCGACAAAGGUUUCCGAAGCCGCGGACGACGCGGAGGACGUGACGGACGACGCCGCGGCGCCGUCGCCGGCGCCGAUGUGA